AUGAUGGAUACAGCGGGUGAGGUACCGAUAUAUGUUGGAGGGGAUGUCGACCGAGUUCAGCUGCUUGUUGAUCAAAUAUCAUAUUUUGAGUUGGUGAGUACAUUGAUCGAGGAUUUAGAGUAUUCGUCGGUGGAAAGGGUGUGGUAUUUGACUCCGGGACAAAGUAUGGAACAUGGGCUGCACGAGAUACGCACUGAUGCCGACGUUAUUAAUGGUUUACUUGUGGUUGCCGAGCUAGGAGAGGUGUCUUUGUUUUUUGAAGCAACUAAGUUCAUUCAUGAGAUGGGAGACAACUAUGGGCAUAGCGAGGAGGUUGAAGAUGAAGAUGAUGCUCAAAAUGGUGUUGGUGUGGUUGCUACAAGGCAUCACAAUAUAGUCCAUUGCUCCAGGUGUGGGGGUGAAGGCCAUAACAAAAGGAGUUGCACAAAUCCACCUGCACCACAGCCAGCUCCUCCAGCUAGUAAAAGGCAGAAACGAGGGGAAACAAAGGGAGGAGAUGCUGCCCCACAGAAUGCAGCGGCUGCACCUAACAAUGGGGUAAGUCAAUUCGUACUAUGCUCCUCAAAUUUCAUGUGUUGUGUUAAUAGAGUAGUUAGAUCUGAAUUUAAUUGUCUUUCAGCAGAGAGUUAG